GGCGCCGCCGCGGCCAUGGACUGAGCGGCACCAUGGGCGCCAAGGAGUCCCGCAUCGGCUUCCUCGGCUACGACGAGGCCCUGCGGAGGGUUACAGACAUAGAACUGAAACGGCUCAAAGAUGCUUUCAAGAGAACUUGUGGCCUCUCCUAUUAUAUGACCCAGCAGUGCUUCAUCAGGGAAGUUCUCGGUGAUGGGGUCCCUCCCAAAGUUGCUGAGGUUAUCUACUGUUCAUUUGGAGGAAUAUCCAAAGGGCUGCACUUCAAUAACUUGAUAGUUGGAUUAGUUCUACUUACAAGAGGCAGAGAGGAGGAGAAAACAAAAUACAUUUUCAGCCUCUUCUCUAAUGAAUCUGGGAGUUAUGUUGUCCGUGAAGAGAUGGAGAAGAUGCUGCAUGUGGUUGAUGGGAAGGUCCCAGAGUCACUCAAGAAAUGCUUCUCUGAGGGAGAGAAGGUGAAUUACGAGAAGUUCAGGGUUUGGCUGCUGCACAACAAAGACGCCUUCACCUUCUCACGGUGGCUGCUCUCAGGAGGGGUGUAUGUGACCCUGACAGAUGACAGUGACACCCCCACCUUCUACCAGACCCUGGCUGGAGUCACACACUUGGAAGAAUCCGACAUCAUCGACCUGGAGAAGCGAUACUGGCUGCUGAAAGCUCAAUCGAGAACUGGACGCUUCGAUUUAGAAACAUUUGCCCCCUUAGUGUCCCCUCCCAUCCACCCAUCUCUGAGUGAAGGUUUGUUUAAUGCUUUUGAUGAAAACCGAGACAAUCACAUAGAUUUUAAAGAAAUUUCCUGUGGGCUCUCAGCAUGUUGCAGGGGACCCUUGGCAGAGAGACAGAAGUUUUGCUUCAAGGUGUUUGACGUGGACCGGGAUGGGAUCUUGUCUCGCACCGAGCUCAAGGACAUGGUGGUGGCACUUUUAGAGGUGUGGAAAGACAACAGGACGGAUAAAAUCCCUGAGUUGGACAUGAGUUUGUCUGAAAUCGUAGAAGAUAUUUUACAUAUGCAUGAUAACACAAAGCUGGGCCACCUCACUCUGGAGGACUACCAGAUAUGGAGUGUGAAGAGUGCUCUUGCCAACGAGUUCCUAAAUCUGCUUUUCCAGGUGUGUCACAUAGUGUUGGGACUGCGUCCUGCCACCCCAGAGGAGGAAGGACAAAUUAUUAGAGGCUGGUUAGACAGAGAAAGCAGGUAUGGCCUCCAGCCAGGGCACAACUGGUUUCUCAUUGCCAUGCCCUGGUGGCACCAGUGGAAAGAAUAUGUCAAAUAUGAUGCAAACCCUGUUGUGAUAGAGCCUUCAUCUGUCUUGAGUGGAGGUAAGAAUUCCCUCGUAGCUGCUGCAGCCAAUACCCCAGAACAGGGAGAAGACAAAAUGGGAGGUCUUAAUGACUUCAGUGCAUCAGAAGAAAAGUUUUCAGAUAAUAUUUCCACUGCCUCAGAAGCCUCAGAGUCCACCAGCAGCAAUGCUCUGUACCCUGGCAGCCCAGGCUCUGAGGUGUGUUUUGCACGGCAGCACAACACUUCAGACAAUAACAACCAAUGUUUCCUGGCAUCCAAUGGGAAUUCUCUGCUUCAACUGAACCCCCAAAAACCAGGAGCCAUCGACAACCAGCCCCUGGUCACCCAGGAGCCUGUCAAGGCUGCAUCAUUAACAAUGGAGGGUGGAAGGUUGAAAAGRUCUCCCCAGCUGGUGGAAGGAAAGGACUAUGUCAUGGUGCCAGAACCAGUUUGGAGAGCACUUUACCACUGGUAUGGAGCAAACCUGUCCUUGCCCAGGCCGGUGAUCAAGAACAGCAAGACCAACGUGCCAGAGCUGGAGCUGUUCCCACGGUACCUGCUGUUCCUGCGGCAGCAGCCUGCCACACGCACCCAGCAGUCCAAYGUCUGGGUCAAUAUGGGCAAUGUCCCUUCCCCAAAUGCACCUUUGAAAAGGGUUUUGGCUUACACUGGCUGCUUCAGUCGCAUGCAAACCAUCAAAGAGAUCCACGAGUACCUAUCCCAGAGGUUACGGAUCAAAGAGGAGGACAUGCGCCUCUGGCUCUACAACAGCGAGAAUUAUCUCACUUUGCUGGAUGAUGAAGAUCACAGACUGGAAUAUCUUAAAAUCCAAGAUGAGCAGCAUUUAGUCAUAGAAGUUCGAAACAAAGACAUGAGCUGGCCAGAAGAGAUGUCUUUUAUAGCAAACAGCAGUAAAAUAGACAGACACAAAGUUCCCACUGAGAAAGGUGCUACAGGACUGAGCAAUCUGGGGAACACGUGCUUCAUGAACUCCAGCAUCCAGUGUGUGAGCAACACUCAGCCCCUGACACGCUACUUCAUCUCAGGAAGGCACCUCUAUGAGCUCAACAGGACAAAUCCCAUAGGAAUGAAAGGACACAUGGCCAAGUGCUAUGGGGAUUUGGUUCAGGAGCUGUGGAGUGGCACCCAGAAGAACAUUGCCCCCUUAAAACUGCGG